AUGGCCCUGGACGGCGAGCGGGGGGAGCAGGAGGAGGAGAAGAAAAAGAAGAAGAAGAAAAAGAAGAGGAAGAAGAAGAAGGAGGAGGAGGAGGGGGCUGAGAAGAGCAGCUCACCCGGCGCUGCCACCAUGGGGGAGGACGCCGCCGCGCUCCGGGCCGGCGGCAGGGGGCUCCCGGACCCGUGGACGGACUCGGUGGGGGGGCGACCCCGCACCACCGAGCGCCACAUCACGGUGCACAAGCGGCUCGUGCUGGCCUUCGCCGUGUCCAUCGUGGCGCUGCUCGCGGUCACCAUGCUCGCGGUCCUGCUCAGCUUGCGCUUCGACGAGUGCGGAGCCAGCGCCGCGCCGGGCGCCGACGGCGGUCCGGCCGGCUUCCCGGCGCGCGGCGGCAACGCCAGCCUUCCGGGGUCGGCCCGGCGCAACCACCACGCCGGCGGGGACUCCUCGCAGCCCGAGGAAGGCGGGGAGGCCACCCCGGGGACCCCGUCAGCCCAGCCGCCGUCGGAGGAGGAGCGGGAGCAGUGGCAGCCGUGGACGCAGCUGCGCCUGUCGGGCCACCUGAAGCCGCUGCACUACAAUCUGAUGCUCACCGCCUUCAUGGAGAACUUCACCUUCUCCGGGGAGGUCAACGUGGAGAUCGCGUGCCGGAACGCCACCCGCUACGUCGUGCUGCACGCCUCCCGGGUGGCGGUCGAGAAGGUGCAGGUGGCCGAGGACCGGGUGGCAGGGGCUGUCCCGGUGGCCGGCUUUUUCCUCUACCCGCAAACCCAGGUCUUGGUGGUGGUGCUGAACAGGACCUUGGACGCGCAGCGGAAUUACAACCUGAAGAUCAUCUACAACGCCCUGAUCGAGAACGAGCUCUUGGGCUUCUUCCGCAGCUCCUACGUGCUCCACGGGGAGAGAAGGUUCCUUGGUGUUACUCAGUUUUCACCUACACAUGCCAGAAAGGCAUUUCCUUGUUUUGACGAGCCAAUAUACAAGGCUACUUUCAAAAUUAGCAUCAAGCAUCAAGCAACUUAUUUAUCUUUAUCCAAUAUGCCAGUGGAAACUUCCGUGUUUGAGGAAGAUGGAUGGGUUACGGAUCACUUUUCACAGACCCCUCUCAUGUCUACAUAUUAUUUAGCCUGGGCAAUUUGCAACUUCACAUACAAAGAAACUACCACCAAGAGUGGGGUUGCAGUGCGAUUAUAUGCAAGACCUGAUGCUAUCAGAAGAGGAUCUGGGGACUAUGCUCUCCAUAUAACAAAGAGACUAAUAGAAUUUUAUGAAGACUACUUUAAAGUCCCCUAUUCCUUGCCAAAACUAG